AUGAGUAUUAAAAUAGAAUCCCUUCAUAAAAACAAUACUUGGGAUAUUGUUGAUUUGCCAUAUGGGAAGGAGGUUUUCACUAUAAAGUAUCAUGUAGAUGGGUCAAUUGAGAGGUAUAAAGCUCGACUUGUUGCCAAGGGAUAUAACCAGGUAUAUGGGAUAAAUUACACUAUGACCUUUUCUCCAUUUGCUAAGAUGACUUUGGUGAGAAUUAUUUUAUCCUUAACAAUGAGCUAUGAUUGGCCUCUGUAUCAAUUUGAUGUUAAGAAUGCAUUCCUGAAUGGUGAUCUCACUGAAGAUGUAUAUAUGUCCUUUCCUCUUGGUAUAUAUGGAAAGGAAAUGCUGGAUGAUAUUGUGGUUACUAGCAGUGAUAUAGAGGAAGUCACUGCUCUCAAGAAGUUUCUUAAUUCUGAAUUUGAAAUUAAAGAUUUAGGGGAGUUGCGAUAUUUUCUGGGCAUUGAGGUUGCUAGGUCCAAGGGAUCCAGUUCAUGCAUGCUCCCAAAGACACAUAUGGUUGCUGCAGAACUCAGGAAGGGUAUAUUAUUUGUUAAACAUGGACACAUGAAGGUAGAAGCAUAUAUAGAUGUUGAUUGGACAGGAAAUGUGGAUGAUAGGAUAUCCACAUCAGGAUAUUGUGCUAUGGUAGCCAGAAAUUUUAUUUCCUGGAGAAGUAAAAAGCAAUCAUGGUUACUAUAUCUUCAAUUGAGGUAG